UCAGUCACUGAGGAAGCAGAUAGUGAGGGAGCGUCUGUCACCGCAGCCUGUUAGCGGCACUGCAGAUGGACUAGAGCCGAGUCAGCUCUCACUCCGCCUCGUCCUCCCCCUCCACACUCACACACACACACACACACACUCACACACACACACACACCAUGGACGCAGCUCUCACACCCCUCCGUCGCUACGUUUAACCCGUGUCGGCUGCAUUCAGACGCGACCUGACGACACAAAGACCCGGUUUCCUCGUCGCCUCCGCGGACGCGUUCAGAGCGGUUUCCAGCUGCGGAGCGGAGCAUGAAGCGGCUGUUUGUCAGAGCGGUGGAGGACAAAGCCAUGAGCCCCUGGCUGCUCUUCGCUCUGCUCGGACUGUGUGCAGCAUUUGGGCCCAGUAAACAGGAAGAGGAGGACUAUGAAGACGUGCCCAUCAAUAAGACCUGGGUCCUAUCACCAAAGGUCUACGAGAGCGACGUGACUCUGAUCCUGAACAAACUGCUGCAGGGCUACGACAACAAGCUGAGGCCCGACAUCGGAGUGAGGCCAACAGUGAUUGAAACAGCUGUCUACGUGAACAGCAUCGGACCAGUGGACCCCAUCAACAUGGAAUAUACCAUCGACAUCUUCUUCGCCCAGACGUGGUACGACAGCCGACUGAAAUUCAACAGCUCCAUGAAGCUGCUCAUGCUCAACAGUAACAUGGUAGGAAAAAUCUGGAUUCCCGACACAUUCUUCAGGAACUCACGUAAAUCUGACGCCCACUGGAUCACCACUCCCAACCGCCUCCUGAGGCUGUGGAGCAACGGGAGAGUCAUGUACACACUGAGGUUGACUAUUAAUGCGGAGUGUUACCUUAAGCUGCAUAACUUUCCAAUGGAUGAGCACUCAUGCCCACUGGAGUUUUCAAGCUACGGUUAUCCCAAGAAUGAGAUAAUGUACCGGUGGCAGAGACGGGCAGUAGAGGUGGCAGACCAGCGGUACUGGAGACUCUACCAGUUCGCCUUUGUAGGAUUGAGGAACACCUCUGAUGUGGCUCACACCCAGUCAGGUGAAUAUGUGAUCAUGACGAUCUUCUUUGACCUGAGUCGAAGAAUGGGCUACUUCACCAUUCAGACCUACAUCCCCUGCAGCAUGAUCGUGGUCUUGUCUUGGGUCUCCUUCUGGAUCAAUAAGGACGCCGUCCCAGCACGCACCUCUCUAGGUAUCACCACUGUACUCACCAUGACGACUCUUAGCACCAUCUCCAGGAAGUCCCUCCCCAAGGUUUCCUAUGUCACCGCCAUGGACCUGUUCGUCUCUGUUUGCUUCAUCUUCACCUUCGCCGCCCUCAUGGAGUACGGCACUCUGCACUACUUCACCAGCAACAGACAGAACAAGAAAGCUAAAGCCAACAAUAACACACAGCAGAAAGCGUCCAGCAUGGUGAACAUUCGACCUGGAACGUCCCUUCUGCAGAUGAACAACAUCGUGCCGUAUCACGAGGAGGACGACUACGCCUACGAGUGUCUGGAUGGAAAAGACUGCGCCAGCUUCUUCUGCUGCUUCGACGACUGCCGCUCGGGGGCGUGGCGCGAGAACAGGAUGCACGUGCGCGUUUCGAAGAUCGAUUCGUACGCACGAAUAUUCUUCCCCACCGCUUUCGGCCUUUUCAAUCUGGUUUAUUGGAUAGGUUAUCUGUAUCUAUAAAACCUGGAGUCCUCACAGAAAGAAGGCUGAAGUUUAGCAUCUGCAAACUUUUCACAGGAGCAGAGCUGCUGCAGAAAUAAUUACUCAGAAAACACGUGGCAAAACGUAAACUCAAUUAAAAACCUGAAUACAAACGAUGAAGAACAGGAUUGAGGUUUGUUCCACAGAAACACAGGUCAACAGCUACUGGUUAAUGUGCCAUUAAGUACAGAAUGGGAUAUUCAUUGUCUCCAGUGGGUGAUCCCUGAUGAUUAUGGCGACCGUUUAGCACCACAUUUACAAUUCCUCUUGACAUGACAAAACUGAAUUUCCAUCAAAUUUGUAGCGAUAUUCAUGAUCACCAGGAGAUUCACUCCAAAAAUUCCCCCUUGUACACAAGAAAUAUCAAAAUCUAAUCGGCAAAUUGACAAAAAUGUGCCGUGCAAUUCAUCCUUUUUUUGUUCACAGCAGAAAAAAAACCCUAAUUUGCACCAACACCUCUGAUUAAAUUUCCACUUAAACAAACCCUUUGGCACAGAGCACCGUCAACCCAUCCAUCCAUCUAUUCCCCAGAGUGGCAGCAAGUUUAGUGAGGUAGCCCCUGGGACAGGAUAUGUAAUCCCUCCAGCUUGUUGUGGGUCAGCUGGACACCCGAAACACAUCCUACUCACAAACACCUCAACCCACCCAUGUCAGUGUAAAAGAGCAGAAUGAGAGCAGAGGUGCUUUUCUUUGUUAGCAAAAUACCACGAUUCACAAAGUUCCAACGCUAAGAACUAAUUACUUUUAGCAAAGAACAAGAAAGAAAACAAUGAAGUAUAUUUCGGCCUCAUUUUCAUCCAGAACUUUCUGUCACUUUGGCCAGUUAAAAUAAGACAUUACAUCAGCUGUUGCUAAUAAAUGUUGAUUCCAACGACACCUGAAGUGAACGGGAAUAUAAACCUCAUUCUGAUCCAACUUCACUUGAUACUGGAUUUCUGACUCCACCCACAGCAACUCUGACUAAGAAAUGUUUGCACCAGUUAAACUCCAGUCUACACACUGAGGAGAUAUUGCCAUCAAACGUAAAAAAAAGAAGAAAAAAAGAAAAAAAUAUUAGCCCAAAAGUUUGUUUACUCUUUGCUACCAUGCGACUGAUGUUGUUGAGAAGCAGGAAAGAGGAGGAACGCUGCACUUUGUAGCUGUAAUACGGACAGAGGGUGAUUGUUCCCUCAGGUAAAGGUAUGUUCCCUGAUAGUCUAGUAGAUCUGAACACAACCAGGGGGCAUAUCUUUGUCCACAGGGUUGUAUUUUUGUAGGCGACACCUCAUAGUGUUGUGAUCUGUGGGAUCAGACGGCCUCCGCUCAGAGGCUUCCUGCAUGGAACGAAUUUGUAAAAUCAGUCAAACAGUGAAUUGUAAUGAACAGAGAUGGUUGUUUUUCCCAGCAGCCAGAUUUUAUACUCUGAUGUAUCAUAAGUCACAAACAGUGGUAGAGCUGUCAUUGACGAACUGUUCAGUCGGAUGCUUCUACGCCGAAAAAACACCUGAGUUCACUCUUUCAAACGUCCAGCUCUAAAUUGUGCGUUUCCUCUCUGAAGGUUUGUCCUUUACUACACAGCUCAUUAAGUUACUCGAAUUUCCUUUUCUACAGUUGUGUUGCGUGUCAGACACUCACUAUGUGGACAGGUGAAUCUGAAACACAGCAAAUGAACACACACUGACACGAACAGCAACAUCCUCUUCGAAAUGAUGUUUACAACAUUUUCAAUACAGUGUCUGAAAGGCAGCUGUCCGUAGCAUAGAGUCAAUCCUCUAGGGGUCUGAAUACAAAUGAUAACAAAAGACAGAGUUUGGUGAUGUGGUGAAGUAGUGUGGGAUCAUGGGAGUUGUUGCAGUCAGAGGUUUUUACCAGGAGCAGAAUUAUCCACAGAGGUCUCCUCCUCUCUGAAACAAACAGACCUGGUGAGUAAAUCCAGUAAAAAGUAAUAAAAUAAAACAGUAAAGCAGUUUUACUUUAAAAAUCAGCGUUUCUCCAGUAUUGUUUGGUGGACACAGGAUACUCUGCUGUCUAACAUGUACUCAGCUUUUUUCUCCGAUAACUUAAAAUCCAGAAAGCCAAUGACUAAAAUCCUUCAUUUGGUUAAAAUAUAUAGAUAAAACCACUCAAGAUCUAAAAUGUGAACUGUAAAAAGUGGCUUAAAACUGAAUAAAAAUGAAUUGAAUGAAUGAUUGAAAGGUGACCAAAUGACAUGAACCGUGACCAUGAUUAAAAUCACAGAUUUCUCUUCUUUGAGAAUUGAUGGAAACAGUAAAUCCAGUAAAUAGACAGAGGUUCAUACAGUCAUCAUGUAGUUUGACAUUUUCUAGUUUACCCUGAGUUACAGGUUGAAGUGAACCAGUUGAAUCUUUUCACUGAUUCUAAUGAGACUGUCCUCCUGUAAAAAAACAAGCCCACAGGUCGUCUGUGCAGCAGGUUAUUAUGACCUAUAGUUACGUUUUGUUGCUAGGCGACAUCUAGUGGUCGUAGUAAUUACGACAGGAGCAAAGGGAAAAGUGGGGUGACGUAGUAUAAAGAGACAAAGUCCACGUCAGGAGGAGGUUGUGGUGGAUGGAUGAAUAUGACAAAGGAGAGCGCUGUUCCAUUCCCAUGUGAAACGACCAGUUUAUGUUGUUUCUAUUAACCAUGACUGUUCAGCAAAAGCUGUUAAUGUUGUUAAUAUUAUAUCCAUGGCAACAAAGAUAGUCUAAUGUUGAGGAAGUACUUAAAUCCUGAUCCUUUCCUAAACCCAAUCAAGCCAUGACAAUUAUUGUAGUAACCAUGGCAACGAAGGUACCCCACUCUCAGUAUAGUCAGCGUGCCUAUAAUUGUAACCAUGACAACCAAGGUCAUGGUUGGGGGGUGGGGUGCUCUUUCAGGAGACACUGCUAUGGGUCGUAUCAGAGGGGAAAAAAACGACCUGUGUGGUUGUUCAGGUUGGAGGAGGAGUUGUUGGUUCUACCGGUUCGAGCUUCAUGGUCUAGGACCACACGGGCCACACCUCUGUAGACUGCGUCCUCUGAAUUGGGACACAAAAGUUCUUUGCGCUUUAACAAAUGUGUAAACCAGAAGAUGUUAAACAGUUUUCUUGAGGCUUCACCAUAAUCACAGAACAUUCUACUUACUUUCUUUAGUCUAAAACACUGUUGGUCUAAAACACUUGUCCUGUUUUCAGAUCUGCUAGUUAACCAGCAGUGAACUGUGCAUCCACACACACCGAAUUAUUUAAAAAAGAAACAGGUGAAAACUACUUCAGGUACUAUCUCAUGCUCUAAAAUGAAGGACAGGAAAUGUGAGGACACAGACACCAUGAGACAACAACACACACCAACAUCAGCCCAUUAAACACAAGAGCUUCUUGAAACCUUACACACACACACCAAAGAAACUGUCAGAUACAACUUCAGUAUGUGUCCUGUUUAAAUGUCAAACAGUCUGAACCCUUAAAGCCGCAUUUCUCCGUCACCAAGAUGCCAUCAAUCUGCCAAGUUUAUAGAAAUUUACAGGAGUUAUAGUUAUAAAUGAACCCACAUGUCAGUGAUCAGUAAUGUCUGAUAGGUCUGUAGUUUUCAACCAUACAAGUAUCUUAACAGGGAAUGUAUUGAAAGCCACAUUAAUCUAUGCAAACAUGAACAUUACUGCAGUCACUCUCUGUGAUAACCCAGUUUACUUUCUCUGCUCUCAACAAGGGAAUUACAGUUUGUUAAAUCAUUUUAAUCUGUUAAUGGUGUUGAAGAAACAGUAGAUAAUCAUUAUGAAAAUGUCCAAUAUAGCACCAAAACAAACAUGACCCCUUACUGAGAAACACUAAGGCUAAAACAGCUGAACAUGUCCUGUCUGAACCAAACUGAGUUCAUGUUUCUGCUCAGUUUCUAAAACAUGACGGACCAGACCAGAAAUACUGGUUCACCUUUUACCUGCGGUGAUUCUAAAGAGUAAAAGUAGAAUUGAUGUUGUGUCAAUCAGACCUGCUGUAAACCAGUUGUCUUGAUGAAUUCAACAUAAAGUACAUUUCCACAGAUUCAGCAGAACUCCAGUCUCUGCUGCUCUCAGCUUCUCUCUGAUGAAAUGAUCUGUACAAUGUGUUUCUUACACAAAACUGCAAAAAGCUGAGGCAACAUUUUCAAGAAUAUUCCAACAGUCAAAGAAACGGUAACAUUACCGCACCAGCUAGCUAAUUAACUCGGUAACAUUAGCGAUAUUUGUCUCUUCAAAAACAUUAAUGUUUUAUCCAUCUUAUAGAUAGAACAUGACAUACAAUGACACAAAACAUGGCCUUACAGUGAAAGAAUAGCAGAAUAAAAACAGCAAACGUUAAUAGGAUUUAAAGGAGAAAGUGAGAGCAGCAGCGUGUGACGUUUGAUACAGUGGAAACAUACGUUACAGUAGUUAUAUCGCCCCCCCAGUGUAUUUUAUUUUUAUUAGUGAUGCCUUUAUUCGUUCGUACCAGUCAAAAACACCAGCCUUUUAAACUGAGACUUUACAGUAGGCCAGUUUGAAUAUCUAAACUCCUCACACUGUAGAGAACAGUGAUCGCCACAGUCAUCAGUGCUCCUCCGCCACAGUGUCACUGUCUCUAUAGAUCACACCGAGGUUUCUCUCCUCACCUCUGUGCUGGUGGAAACCCUCAUUAGGUUCUGUUGCUUCCAGUCACAUUCGUCUUAAAAAAACAAAAACAAAUUCAGAUCCAGGAACAUGUGCAAAUGACAAAGAUUCUUCUAAUGUAGCAUCUAUAGCAGGCGAGGUAAAAAACCUGUUGAUACUGUACCAAAAGGAAAUUCUGUAGAUACAUGGGUUGCAAGACGUUAGCCUGAUUCUCAUCACGGCAGUGCUUUUGAAUAUAAUGUUUAAUCUGCUGCUCCUCUGUUUACUAAAUGCAUUUGUUCAUAUUAGGGAAAUGAAUCCAAAUUACAAAGUGAAUAUGCUUAAUAUAGCAGGUUAUUUACAGCAUAAUAAAUGCAGGCAGCGUUUGUUUUUCAUAGCUUCUUUGCCCAGUUAUCAGAGCCGCAUUGCUGUGUAUAUUAAUUGCAGAGUAUCAUUUCAAGGAUUGUGCACGUUUCCACAGAGCUGUGUGUUAGGUUAGCACUGAUGGCUCCUAGGCAGUAGGUUCUUUAGGGCCCUCAGUUCCCCGGCUUCAAACUCCUCUGUCUUGGCUUCAAAAAUGAUUGUUUUCAUGACUUGUGUUUGAAAUAAAUGUGAGUUUAUAUCGCUUUUCAAUCUUUGUAACUGAAGUGUAACCGAAAAUAUUCAUUUAAAUGUGUUCAUGUAACAGUACACUUCAGACUUCAUGUUGCAUUCCCCUCCUUGUGAGUAGCUUCACACUAGAAAUCGAAUGCUGUAUUCUUUCAGCCUCAACCUCAAGAACACGUUCAACGAUCGCGUGGACACGACAGCGAGGUUGUUGUUAACGGUAUUGAUGAUGAUGAUGAUGAUGCUAUGUAUUGCAUUCAGCCCAAGCCAUAUAAACACAUCUGUCAUCUGUGCGCAAUAUCAUUCUCUGUAAAUGUUGCUCAUGUUGUAUUGUGACUACUAACUCAACACACUGUGAGAAAAUAAAGCAGUGCCUGGGAAAAGA